AUACAACAUUAAACAAAACCAGUGAAGACCCAGAAGUAGAGAAAUACAUAUUGUACCUCAGAAUGAGAGAGCUACGCUUUCUAAUGGAGAUCACUGUGGCUGGGUUGGUUCUUUUUUCUGCAGUACCUUCUACAGCUUUUAAAAUCACAGAAAACCUUGCUUUGAAAGGUACAGCCCAACAGUCCUUCAAAUUGUUGAAUAGUGCUGCCAAAGCCAUCGAUGGCAACAAAGCAACAAAUGAUGCAAAUAAUUCUUGCACACUCAUAACUUCAAAGACAAAUCCGUGGUGGAGGCUUACCCUGCAAAAGCCCUAUAAAAUCGUCAUGGUGUCAGUCAUUAACCGAGGUGACUGUUGCGCAAAUUGGAUCAACGGAGCAGAGAUUCGCAUUGGGAACAGCCUGGAAAACAACGGCAACAACAAUCGACUUGUUGCAAAAAUAAACUCCAUUGAGGCUGGAACAACAAAGCAGUUUAAGUUCCUUCCCGUACAGGGACGAUAUGUUAAUGUGCUAUUACCAGGGGAGAACCGCAUUUUGACACUGUGUGAAGUCGAGGUGUACGCAAUCUUUGAAGUCGCGCCGGCAACAUUACAGUCUCAUCAGGUCAACGUGGCAUUGGCUGGACGAGCCACCCAGUCCAGUGUGAAUCAAGGUCCUACACAGUGUCUGAGUCUGGCGCAAAAUGCCAUCGAUGGGAACCGGCAGGCUGACCUGAACAAAGGCUCUUGCGCCCAGACGGAUACUGAAAAUAAUCCUUGGUGGAGACUGGAUCUGAUGCAGAGUUAUGCGGUUGUAUCUGUGGCCCUCACCAACCGUGCCGAUUGCUGCUCUGAACAGCUGAACGGAGCUGUGGUACACAUCGGAGAUUCGCUGGAGUCUGAGGGCCAAGCAAACCCUGUGUGUGUUAAAGUGUCCUCCAUACCUGCGGGAGGGACAGAGGUCUUGAGGUGUGACAGCGUUCUGAAUGGGCGUUACGUGACAGUGUCUCUUCCGGGAGAAAGCAGAACUCUGAGCUUGUGUGAAGUGGAGGUAUUCGGCACUCCAGUGGAAAAAAAUAACCCCAUAAAAGUUUCUCGCAAUAUUACAGCUGGGUAUAUAAGUGCCUCUCUCCCUCCUUCAUGAGAAAACCCACUUUCAUUCUCCUCCAAGCACACAGAAACAGAGUAAAGGAUGAACAGCAGUGUGUGCGUUUGUGUGAUCCUGGCGGCUCUUUCUGUCUCUUGUCUGGGUCGGCCCCGCUCCUCUACUCCUGACACUGGAGACAGUCCACUUCCCUCACAGCUGGACAUCAGCGGCAGUGAGCACCGCCG